UAAACUUGAAAAGCUUGCAUGGAAUUCUCGUUUUUUUUACAGAUGUGAGAUAAGCAGAAUGUCGGAGGUUGAGGAUGAAGAUAAAGAAUCCAGGCAGAUGUCUGAAGAUGAUACUGCUCGUAAGUUCUGCAGCAAGACUUUAGACCAACCAUCAGUCAACACACCCAGGUCAGACUUGAACUGUGGACAUGAGACAUCAGUGAGUGAAAUAAAUCCUGAAGAUGAGACUACUCGUACAUUCUGUAUCAAGUCAUCAGAGCAACCGACAGUUAGCACUCCCAGGUCAGACUUGAACUGUGGACAUGAUACAUCAGUGAGCAUCCCCAGGUCAGACUUGAACUGUGGACAUGAGACAUCAGUGAGCACCCCCAGGUCAGACUUGAACUGUGGACAUGAGACGUCAGUGAGCACUCCCAGGUCAGACUUGAACUGUGGACAUGAGACAUCAGUGAACACUCCCAGGUCAGACUUGAACUGUGAACAUGAGACAUCAGUGAGCACCCCCAGGUCAGACUUGAACGGUGGACAUGAGACGUCAGUGAGCACUCCCAGGUCAGACAUGAACUGUGGACAUGAGAUGUCAGUGAGCACUCCCAGGUCAGACUUGAACUGUGGACAUGAGACGUCAGUGAGUGAAGUGAGUCCUGCCACACCUCACCAGGACUGUUCUAAUACCACCAUGUACGAGAUGGAUGGUCAGCGCUUGUUUGAUUGUGACACAGACGUCCAGAAUAACACAACAUAUGACAAUAGAGGAUGGCUUUGUGGUGAGCAAGAAAAGUACACUUUGUCACAGAAGUCAGCUGAAUGUAGCACUGAUGAUAGAGAGAAUCCCUCUAGUGUGGAUCCUGUCCGGGCUGACACAGACAUCAGUGAUGAUAGAGAGAAUCCCUCUAGUGUGGAUCCUGUCCGGGCUGACACAGACAUCAGUGAUGCCAACACUAGUCACAGUUCUGCUGAUACAAGUCAGAAGUUCUAUGUGAUGUCGAAUGUAGAUGAAUCAUCUUAUUCCUGGCACACUGUCAGUGAACUGGCUUCUACCAUGCAGACAAAUGAUUCCAAGAAACGAGCUGAUGCUAAUGUUGAUGGUGAGAAGGGAUGUGAUUUGGAAAAGAUGUCUGAAAAGCACAAGAAGAGUAUUCAGUGGGCCAGUGUUCUCAACUUGCUACAUGGUGACAACAGUCAUGUGAUUGAUUGGAAUUUUGUUAAUACUAACAAAAGUGACAGAGAGUGUACCUCACUUGACAGUCGUCACAUGUCUGGUCCAAGUGAUAGCCAAGCUGAUCAGCAUUCUCAUACCACUACACUGGUAAAUCAUCAACACUCAGCAUCUACAUCUGAUUCAGUAAAUCAUCAACACUCAACAUCUAUUGCAGUAAAUCAUCAACUUUCAUCUACAUCAGGUCAUACCAACACCACUGCCUUAGUGGAUCAUCAACACUCACGUUCAUCAGAAGAUCAUCAAAACUUGAUGUCUACCUCAAGUCAUACUAGUACUGCUACCGUAAAAGAUCAUCGGCACAUGUCUACCUCAGUAGAUUGUCAACACUCAGCAUCUGGUCAUCCCAGCACCUCUAUCAUGGAGGACCAUCAACACUCACCAUCUACACCAGUAGUUCAUCAACACACAUCUGCAUCAGGUACUUCCCACAGUGAUCUGAAUUGUUUUUCAGAUACUUCAAGUAACUGCAGCAUGUCGGUGACUAAUCCCCAUUUGUACACAACACACACAAUAAACAGAAACUCUGAUGGCUUGUUCCAGCAUGGUGAUAUACAGUGUUCCCCAACGGCACAAAGAAACACUUUUCACAGCACUGCAGAAGAUAAAGAAUUGUUACAUGAAAAAAUGGACAAAACAAAUAUUAAAUAUAAUGUCAUUUCACCUCACAGAGCCACAAAACGCCACUGGCAAGAUACAGCAGGAUUUGACAGUAACCCUAUUCUUGACGGUGUGAAAACUCCAUGUUUGAAUCCUUGUUACGCUGCCCCUGUCUUACCACAGACAGUUGACAGUUCUGCAAAAUCCUCAACAAAGUCAGCAGCAAAACCUCUGAUGCCAUUCUUCUUUGGUGCAGCACGUGGAAGUGUGAUUCUUCCUGAUAACCUAUUAUCUUCAGUGAAAGGCACUCCUGAUGGACAGCUCUCCAUCCAGUACAAUGUUAAUGACCCGUAUACACAGAGACUCAACUAUCAGCCCAUAGCUGCCAAAGUCAGCGAUAUUCACCAGAUGAUUUAUUUACUUCACCAGUCCCAAUCGAACGAUACCAAAGCUAAGAAGAUCAAACCUGUGUUUAAUGAUUUCCUCAACAAAGAUUGUGUUCCCAUUACAAUUUGCAACAGAUCCUAUAUAUGUACAAGGAAAGCCUUGAGUAACAGGACCGUGAAGGACUUGAUAGACACCGCCAGCUUGUUACCCGGAGCAGAGUCUUCUGAUUCUGAGUUGGAUGAAACAUCAGAAGGUACAGAUGAGGAGGAGGAUGAUGAUGCAGCAACCUUAAAAGGUAGUAAUUCAGUUUGUAGUGGUGACAAAAUACAUGCUGGCUCAAACAGUAAUGGUCCCUUUUUACCAGUACAAACAUCAGCUGAAAGUGUUACAGGAAGCCCAUUGAAAGUUAGCUGUGAUAGGACACAGUUGAUGCACACAAAUAGAAUGAAACGAGACCAUACAGACAGUACAACAAGUGAUGGUGAUGAACUGGUGUGUACAGCAGUAAACAGUGUGUCGUGUUCACAUACCGUCAAGGCAACAAGUGAUGAUCAACACAUUCAGUCAGUUCAUUCAGCAGUGGAGUUAAGUUCUGACAAUUCACAGACUCGGUCAGAUGUAUCAUGGUCAUUACUUAACAAAAGUGAUAGUUUAAAAGAAUCUACAGACAGGAACAGUAAUCUCUGUGACAGAACUUUGAUGAUGGAAGGCAAAUAUGAACAAAACAGUUCUAUUCAGAAAACAAAUAUGGUACUAUGUGAACAAGGGAGCACUGAGGAUUUUUGUAGCAAAAGCAAUUACUUGUGUAGGAAUCAAAAGUCUAGUAACCUCAAAAGUUAUGUUCCUGUUAGAGCUGACAAAACAUUUGAGACCAAGGAUGCAGGACAAAGUGUGAUGUCAACCCAUUGUUCCAGCAGUAAGACUGACCUUUCAUUGCUGUAUGGCUUGUUGAGAGCAGACUUUGGUGAGCAUGUUGACCGGCAUGGACGAAAUGAUGGGACCAAUAUGCCACAUGUUUCAGCAAAUACUCUGACAGUGCCACUGGAUCUUCGAGUUGACCAUCCAUCAACAAGUUGUACCGAAUACAAAUCUGGUUCCGGUAAGAUGUCCGUCGUCCCAGAUCACCUUUACCAACAGACAGACUGGAACAUGAACAGUAAGGUGCCAGUGUCAUCCGAUGUGUACUCUAAUCCGUGUCCUGCCUAUUUUCCCACUCUCCACUGUGAUACUUUACCACCAGUUUCUGCCAGCUUCCCACCAGGUAUGUCUAACUUUUAUGAGAACAACAUUACUGCCAUGAUGUCAUCAUCUCAGACACAUCCAGUAGAGGUAGCUGUGCCUGCAGUCUCGGGAGUGCUUGGACAGAACAGUAUGCAAAUGUCCAGUUGGAACCAGUCUAACUGCUGGGUGAACCAGUCUGUCCACACUCUGGGGAAAGAUGUCGGUGAUUCCAUUCAGAGACCAUGUAGUCAGCAGACGCAGCAUGUGUUUUACACUCCAUCUUUGGAAAGUGUGUCCAGGAUGCCAUCACCAAAUGUACAGAGAAGUUUAUUUUCUAAUGAUGUGUCGUCCCUGAAUUCACAAGCCUCGUUGUCUGCAGUGUCAUACACGAGAACAACUGAUACAUCUAGACAACAGCCAGUUUGUACAGUGGACCCUCAAAGUCUGAUGUACCAGUGUUCUGAGGAGGAUGCUGAAAUGGUGCAGAUGGUUCGGAGCGACGGGUAUUCCCGAGAAAGCAAGCCCAAACCCAGACACUUCCUCAUCAGUGAACUCCGCAUCGGUAACUAUAAGUUUUCAUGUAGUGGAACGAAUGGUGAUAGGACAUCAAAGAUAAAGAUACUGUUCAGUCGAAGAAAACUGGUGUACGAGUUACAGCUGAACGAGACAACAAAUACGGUGUUGUCGUGUAUCAAACAGCUGGCGGCGGUGGAGGUCCCUUUUGAGACGAUCGUUCACCUGUGGGGUCAUGACAAGCACGUGAUCGUUGAGUUAUCAAAGAGUCCUCUCAUGUUCCUGGGUACGCGGGUAUCCGACUCCAGCAGGCCCAAGCUGCAUUACAGUCACAUGCCGUGCUACGAUCGGUCAAAACACGUUGACGUCACCGGGGGAUACCUCCCCAUUGCUCCCUACCACUUUAUUACAUUGCGAAGUUCAAGCGUAGACAAAGUGAAGCAGUGUUUUGCCGAGUUCAGCGACAGAUUUUGUGAGAUGCUGCUGCGCCCUCUCAUUGUGAAUCCACAGAAAAAGCUAGAGAAUCACAAGCAGACAACAGAUGUGACAAUGCAUCUGAAGUCACAAAAUUCAACACAAAUACAGAAUAUGCCCCCAUCGUCAACUGCUGAUUCUAACAACAAUAAGAUCGUCCCCAGUGAGCCCGGAUGCAGCUGUGUAGGUGGUUGUCGAUCUAAGAUGUGUCCGUGUCGUAAGCAAGGCACGGUGUGCUCCGACUGCUGUGUGUGUUACAGCUGCGACAAUCCACUUAACAUGCUGGACAAGAUGGGUGUCGCCGUCGACAUGGCGUGUCUUGAUGCCUGCCUUAUGCAAAACAUAUACCAGGAAACUGAUCUUGAGAAAGUGUUGAUGAGAGAGAUUGUACUACAGUGUUGUGACGUCGUCGUCAAACUGAAGGAGUGUGUUCCUGGUCCCAUUCACUGUCCAAACAAACCACAGUGCCGUGCCUCCUAUAGAUUCUCCUGGUGUAAAGGUGAGGUGUGCAAUGAGGUCACCAAUAAACGAAAUCACUGCCAUCUGUGUCAGAAGUGUGUCCAGCCUAUGAAUCAACACUGUCAGUGUCAGUAG